AUGAAACUUGGAUCAACGUUGAGGUGGCGACUGCUCCAUGUCAGGAGCUCAACAGAGGAGGCCGAGGCCCUCAAGCAGUGUCGAGCCAGCGCAGUGAGGGCGACCAUCCGGAAAUACCUCCGCAGGGAACAGAAGCGGACACAGCUGGCUAAAGUAAAACUCUCCAAAAUCCUGGAAAACCUCGAGGAGAAAAAGAAAAUGGAGGCAAUGUAUGAGGAAAGUCCCGCUGCGGCCUGUACGCAGAGUCACCCAGCAGGAGCAAUGGCGCCGGAAAACACCACGCAGUACCUGAUGAAUAACGUGUACGAAGACAUGAAAACAAACAAUCACCAGGCUGUUCCAAUCUUGCAUCAAACAUCUGCAGAUUUGUAUAGUGAAUUUCUUUCGCCCAGGAAUGUGUACACUGCACUGGACUCUGGUUAUGAGAGCUGUCUUGCCUUUCAACAGCGGGACUUUGAGGAAGCGUUCCACCUGUGCUGCGGCGCACUGGAUGGUGCCCGCCCAGUAGAGAGCGCCCUUGAGCACAGCGUGGCGCCGCCCAGAGGAACGAAUCAAACGCACCUCAGCUCUGGCCUCGCCACGGAUUGUGAAACUCAGGUCAUCCCUGCCAGGACAAAUGGCUCGGCUGUGCGACAGGAGCAGAAGACCAAGGCGGGUCUUCACGUGACUGACAUAAGUGUGUCCCCAAGUGCAGUCGCAAAAACUAUCAAGCGCUACAAUGAAACUGGCUCACAUGAGGACCGCCCCAGGAAAGGAAGACCAAGAGUCACCUCUGCUGCUGAGGAUAAGUUCAUCCGAGUCACCAGCCUCAGAAAUCGCAGGUUAAUAGCAGCUCAGAUUAGAGACCAGCUGAAUGCCACACAGAGUUCUAGCAGCAGACACAUCUCUAGAACAACUGUUAAGAGGAGACUGCGCGAAUCAGGCCUUCAUGGUCAAGUAGCUGCUAGGAAACCACUGCUAAGGAGAGGCAACAAAAAAGGUGAACGAAUGGAUUCUACAUGCCUGGUUCCCACCGUGAAGCAUGGAGGAGGAGGUGUGAUGGUGUGGGAGUGCUUUGCUGGUGACACUGUUGGGGAUUUAUUCAAAAUUGAAGGCAUACUGAACCAGCAUGGCUGCCACAGCAUCCUGCAACAUGCCAUCCCAUCCGGUUUGCGUUUAGUUGGACCAUCAUUUAUUUUACAACAGGACAAUGACCCCAAACACACCUCCAGGCUGUGUAAGGGCUAUUUGACCAAGAAGGAGAGUGAUGGAGUGCUGCGCCAGAUGACCUGGUCUCCACAGUCACCGGACCUGAACCCAAUUGAGUUGGUUUGGGGUGAGCUGGACCGCAGAGUGAAGGCAAAAGGGUCAACAAGUGCUAAGCAUCUCUGGGAACUCCUUCAAGACUGUUGGAAAACCAUUUCAGGUGACUACCUCUUGAAGCUCAUCAAGAGAAUGCCAAGAGUGUGCAAAGCAGUAAUCAGAGCAAAAGGUGGCUUCUUUGAAGAAACUAUUAUAUAA